CAAUAUUUUUUAAAAUCUAAUAUAGACAUCAUACUGUAGCCCUGUUGAAAGUGGUUUUCCUUCUCCAUUACAUAAACAAGUUAUCCGUGUACCUGAAAAAGCCAUGGUAUUGGAACCUGUAACUAUACCACCUAAUCCUUAUAAUCUCGUUAAUUCUGAGGAAGAUCGAGUUAAUUUAUUUCAAGUUUUGAUGGAUCAUACAUUAAAUCCUUCAUGUCCUGAAAGGGCAGAAGCAUUUCGUAGCUAUCGUUGUGCCAAAUGGUCGCCAAAAGGAGCAGCGAGAGCAAACAGAUGUUUAUUAGCAACUCUUACAAUGGACCACAGAUUGUGUAUUUAUGAAGAAAAAGAGAAAGAGUGGAAAUGCAUUUGUGAUUUAACAGAAGAAAUGCAAGCUGAGAGAAAUGCUAGAAAAGAAGUAGCAGCUGAAUCUAAACAAGGUAGAAGAAAGAAGAAAAGAAGGGAAGGAAAAUCUAAAGAAUCUAGACCAAGGACAAGAAGUCGAAUACAAUACCUUGAAGAAGAUUCUAGUGAUGAAGAGGAAGAAGAUGCUAUUACAAGUAUUUCAAAUUCUCUCAAUUAUGAGGAAUUAGUAGAACGUAUUUAUAAAUUAGCCGCAAUGGAAAUUACUUGGACUGGUAUGUUUGGCUCUCCAGCAACAUCUAUAAAUGACACCAGUUAUGAGUAUUGCUAUUUAAUAGUUGCUAUGAAGAGUGGACACAUUCAGUUUUGGAAAGUAUCUCCUAGUGAUGGAAAUGUAAUAGCACUUGCUCAUGAGUGGGAUACUGGUUUAGGAUUACUAACCACACUGUUCUGGCAACAAACGAGUCCAACUGCUGGAUUUCUAAUGUGUGGAACGUUGAAAGGCAUUUUGGCUUUCCUUCCAAUCACAGUUCGUGUUGAUUCGGAUCAAGAGCCAAAAGUGAUAGUAAAGAAUAUGUGCAAAGUAUGGGAUGAAGAAGAUCAUAUUGCUGUGGAUCAAAUAGCUGUUCUGAAGAUUGCUUUGAAGAAAUAUGUGAUUAUAGCUGCUAAGCAGCGUGCACUUGUUGGAUGUGAAAUAGCUCUAACAGAUUCAUCUAUCAUAAUAAGGAACGUUGGGCACUCCUUCGGGUUGCAUAAUCUUCCUGUUACUGGAAUGAGUGUUUUAGAUGCAGCAAUGCCUCAAUACCGUGUGCUGAUUGCAACUAUGGAGGGCUUAUUAGUUGAAAUCAAAGUUUCAUUAGGGAAUGAUGAAAUAAAAUUUCAACAUGAAAAAGUUGGUAUAGAUCUCGAUUUAAAGAACAUGAUGAUACAGGGCCUAGCAGUGUCUUCAAAUGGAUUGCUGUGUUCCUUAAUUUUAAAUACAGCAUCUUAUUUUGACCAUUUAGCAAAGAAAGAAGGACUACAGUUUGUAAUGUUCAUUACCAGGCCAUUUGAGGUAAUUUAUACAAAACUGAAAAGUGUUCUGAAACCACAGUUUUCUUUCUCACCAAUUACCAGUGGAAGUGUAAGCAAACAUACAGACUUUUUUGAAUGUGUUCGAAUCAGCCUGGCAUGUGGUACUUCCUUGCCAGACUGGCUGACUGCUUUUCUUGAUAAUGAUCCUAUGACAUAUGAAAAUGCUUCAGCUAUGGAACUUUACUGCAUGAGGUGAGUGUAUACAGUUUUAU